CUAUAUAAAUCCCUCCCCCAACGGCCGGCCGGCUGCCCCCAAAUCCAAUUCCGACCUCGCCAUUGACGGAGGCGGCGUCGCGGCGGGGCGGGCGGCGCCUCUAAAGUUGCAGAAGCGUCUCGGGCGGCAGAGCCCAAAAGAAACCGGCCGGAUUGGGUUGGGCCGAGUCCAAUCGAGCGGUUUGGCUGCGAGUCCCAGCUACCUCUCCGGCUCUCCGUCGUUGGGAUCCAAUUCGAUUCGUCGACAAUCCCCAUUUCUCCGCUGAGAAUUCGGGUUCCUUUUUAUUAUUUGUGAAUCGAUGAAGAAAUUGCUCGAUCUGGAUUGACGAGUGUUGAUACUUGGUGAUCGAGGAGUGCUACUGCAGAUAUGAACGUGGUGGGAAGGGUUGGGUCCGUGAUUUCCCAGGGAGUGUACUCCGUUGCAACGCCCUUCCACCCGUUUGGUGGUGCGGUUGACAUCAUCGCAGUUGAGCAGCCUGAUGGUUCGUACCGCAGCACACCAUGGUAUGUCCGGUUUGGGAAGUUCCAGGGCGUGCUCAAGGGCGCUGAGAAGGUCGUCACCAUCACGGUCAAUGGAGUAGAAGCCAACUUUCACAUGCAGCUUGACAACUCUGGCCAAGCCUAUUUCAUGCGUGAGCUUGUGCCCGGUGGUCAAGAUUCUGGAACAAGUUCAGAAGAAGAAGCUGUCAAUGAGCCUGAACCUCCAGCUCGUAGUAAGAGUGAUGGGGACCUUUACAUUGGUCCAAGUGAUAGACUGGGUAGCCAAGAGCUCAAUGUGGAGCAUCAAGAGAAGCAAACUAGAGAUGAGUUUGAGUCGUAUGAUGGUUAUGGUAGGUUAGAGGAAUCAGAAGAUUUGCCAACCCAAGCUGAUGGGGGAAAUUCAGAGGUGGUUCUAGUUAGUGUGGAUGGACAUGUGCUCACUGCGCCUAUUUCUUCAACAGAGGAGGGUAUGGAGGAUGUGCAGUUAAGUGACCCUCAGUUCCAUUUGGGACCUGGGCAGAGCUCUAGUGGGGAUUUCACCCGCAGUGGUGAGGUCUGGGAUGCUGGCAUUUUAGAUGAUUUAUACAUAUCACAGGAAAAGGUAAAGUUUAAUUCUGGAUAUCAGCCAGAGGUUUUAAUAGAGAAUGGAGAGGCAGUUGAGAAGGAUGAGUCACAUCACAUCUCGGUUGACAAAGAUGAAGCACAUGUGUCAGUCAAUGAAGAUGGAGCCCAUGCUGUGUCUACAAAUGAUGAUGAAGCUCAUGCUGUUUCUACAAAUGAUGAUGAAGCUCAUGCUGUGUCUACAAAUGAUGAUGAAGCUCAUGCUGUGUCUAUAAAUGAUGACGAAGCUCAUGCUGUAUCUACAAAUGAAGAUGAGGUUCAGGAUGUGUCAAGAUCAGGGAACAGUGAUAUGGUUUAUCAAACCAUGACCAGUGAAGGUGAGUCUCGUGGUAUUUUAGGGGACAUGGAUGUGGGCUAUCAAACCUUGACCAGGGAGGAUGACUCUCCUGGUGUUUCAGGGGACAGUGUUGUGGGUUAUCAACUCUUGACCAAUGAACAUAAAGCUCAUGAUAUACUAGAUAACAAUGAUGAGGAUCAACCACCCUUGACCAAUGAAGAUGAAUCUUGUGAUGUGCCAGUGCUUGAAAAAGCCAAGGAUUGCAACUCCUCAAAUGAAGAUGAAUCUUGUGAUGUGCCAGUACUUGAAAAAGCCAAGGAUUGCAACUCCCCAACUAACAAGGUUGAUGUUUGUGAUCUAAACAAUGAGGAUACUGAGUUGGAGGAUACUGGUGCUAGUUUUGGUAAAAAUGACACUUUCCAGAGCUGCUUGGAUCUGACGUCACAAAUAGAUGACGGGGAUUCAGGAAACGAACUAUUUUCUCCUGGAUCUGAUUAUCAGAGGGAUUCUGAGCUUAGUCUGGGUAACUGUUCUGUUGCUGAAACAGAUCUGCAGGAAGGUGAAACUAAAGCUGCUGACUGUGGUCGGUAUGGUCCCUUACAGGAGGGAGUGGAUGUUUCAACAUUUACCUCAGAAGUUGAUAAGACACAAAUUAAAGAGAGUUCUUCGCCUGAAGGAGGUUCUCAUGGUAGGGCCAAGGAAAUCGAAAUUGAGGCUGCUGGAUCUGAUGGUUUACAGUCAACCAUGGCUACCAGUGGUAAAGACAAACUGGGGAGCAUUCCGGAGCACUCAGAAGUUGAAGAAGAACAGAAUAAAGCAGAGCAUUCUCAAUCACAGAAGGGCUUGGGGCUUGAGAUUUCUCUUUGUGGGAACUUGUUACGACCAGGAAUGGGUCGUGAAUCUGCCGAGGAAACAUUUCAACAGCAUAUUGUUCAUGAGGAGGAUUUCAAAACAUCUGGGUCAACAAUGAUAAAAAAUGCAAACCUUAUUGUCAAAGUUGACAAUAAUUAUUUCCCCUGGAGUAAAGUUUCUCAUGUUAUUCUUGGGAAGGCUGUAUUUGGUUCAAAGUUCUCCAUAGAACCCACUGAUGCUAUUCCGGUUGAACAUCAGGAAACACCCAAUUCAAGAGAAGACUCUCUUAGAAUGUCUCCCUCAAGCCGGAGAUGGAGGCUUUGGCUCAAUCCCUUUCGGAUAACAAGAUCCCUUCAACGUAGUAACAGUGAUUCUUCUGAAGACAUUUUCCUUGACUCAGAGUCUGUUUUGAGUCCAAUUGAUGAGCAAACUCUGGAGAACAACAAAAACCAGUCACCUAGAAAGCAAUUUGUACGGACUUUGAUUCCCACAAGUGAACAGGUAGCAUCUUUAAAUCUGAAGGAGGGCCAAAACUUGGUGACCUUUAGUUUUUCCACCAGAGUUCUUGGGAAGCAGCAGGUUGAUGCACAUAUUUACUUGUGGAAGUGGAACGCUAAAAUUGUGAUAUCUGAUGUGGAUGGCACCAUAACAAGGUCUGAUGUGUUGGGUCAGGUCAUGCCUUUGGUUGGACGAGAUUGGAGUCACUCUGGUGUUGCUCGACUUUUUUCUGCAAUAAAGGAAAAUGGUUAUCAACUACUAUUCCUUAGUGCUAGAGCAAUUGUUCAGGCAUAUCUCACAAAGAACUUCCUCUUCAAUCUUAAACAGGAUGGGAAAGCACUACCCAAUGGGCCUGUUGUAAUUUCACCUGAUGGCUUGUUUCCUUCACUCUACCGAGAAGUUAUACGGAGAGCCCCACAUGAAUUCAAGAUUGCAUGUCUGGAGGACAUUAAGGCGCUCUUUCCUUCUGAUUGCAAUCCAUUUUAUGCUGGGUUUGGCAACAGAGACACUGACGAGCUCAGUUACAAGAAGAUGGGAAUACCUAAAGGCAAGAUUUUUAUCAUCAACCCAAAGGGUGAAGUGGCUGUGAACAGUUCUGUUGACGUCAAGUCUUAUACCUCCUUACAUACCCUUGUCCAUGACAUGUUUCCACCAACAACUCUGGUUGAGCAGGAAGACUACAAUAACUGGAAUUACUGGAAGGUGCCGUUGCCAGAUGUUGAUUUGUAGUGUAGUUUUGACAGAAACAGCCUUAGAUACCAGUAGAUCUUGCAAAAGCCUAGUAGUCGAGCUUCCUGUACACUAAUUGCAGUCACCACUACGGGGUUAGGUCCAAUCUGUAAAGCAUCUCAAGAGUUCCCAGAUGUAUGGUUUUUGAUAGCCAAUGGCCCAGCGAAAGGUUGCCACUUUCUUUCCUUCGACGGAGCUUUCACAUGAUCAUACGUCUUUUAGGUAGUGAUCUGAUUGUCUUCGUCGAACUUGUUGUACCCAGAGGUUUGAGUUCUAGACCCUUAGUUCAUUAGAGAACUUCUCCUGAGCUGGUCAUUCUCCAAGCUACUUUGUUCUGAUAACAGGAAAUCCUCAGGUGACAAAAGCAGCUGUGCAUUGUAUAUCAGCACAUGGAAGAGAAUUGCUAAACAUAUCUGCUUCAUCUUCAACCCCUUCUUUUUUGUGCUCCAGUUGUUGCCUUUGCAAGAUGAAAUGGUUUGCCUUUCAAAGGAAAAGGAUGAGAUGGUUAAUCUCGCGCAGACUUGACACACUGGCUAUUUGUUAAAUGCUGAACAGGUGAAGAAAAGUUUACAUUGUCGGCUCUACUGCUCCCUAGUAGAUGUAGGUUGUCAAUGAAAGUGCAGGAGCCAGGGAUGCAUGAGGGCAAUGUUGAACGCAAGGUGGUACUGGUAGUUGAAUGGGAGAGUAUCAGGUUCCUGUGUUUGCUCUCUGCGGCUUCUUCAGAGUUUAGAGGCCUGGACAUAUGAAGAUAUCACCGAGUUUUCUUGCGA